AUGUUCACGUUCUGCUCACUGCUGGGCGCGCAAUCCGAGUCGUCGGCCUCACAGUCAAUACUGGAGCUCGAUGGAGGGGUCAAAGUCCUCAUAGACGUGGGCUGGGACGAGACAUUCGAUGUGGCUAAGCUGAAGGAGCUUGAGAAGCAAGUUCCAACUCUCUCGAUUAUCCUUCUUACACACGCGACGGUUUCCCACAUUGCGGCUUUCGCCCAUUGCUGCAAGCACUUUCCCUUGUUCAGCCGAAUACCGGUGUAUGCGACUCUCCCUGUUAUAUCCCUAGGCCGAACUCUUGUACAAAAUAUCUACGCCUCAACCCCUCUAUCCGCGACAAUCAUCCCUCAUUCUGCUCUCUCUGAGGCAUCAUAUGCCUAUUCACAAACAAUAUCAGCCAAUCAAGAUGCCAACAUCCUUCUCCAACCACCCACCAGCGAAGAGAUAGCAUCAUAUUUCGCUCUCAUCCACCCGUUGAAAUACUCUCAACCCCAUCAGCCGUUACCGUCGCCCUUUUCUCCGCCUCUCAACGGUCUUGCAAUAACAGCCUACAACGCGGGGCAUACCCUAGGAGGGACGAUAUGGCAUAUUCAGCAUGGCUUGGAAUCCAUCGUUUACGCAGUCGACUGGAACCAAGCUCGAGAAAACGUCCUGGCUGGUGCUGCCUGGUUGGGAGGAGCUGGGGCCGGAGGUGCGGAAGUUAUUGAGCAAUUGCGCAAGCCCACAGCUUUGAUAUGCAGUAGCCGCGGAGGGGAGAGACACGCUCUGCCUGGUGGGAGAGCAAAGCGGGAUGAGCUUCUUUUGGAAAUGAUCAAGACGUCGGUCAGCCAAGGAGGAAUAGUUCUCAUACCGACUGAUUCCAGUGCUCGAGUCUUGGAACUAGCGUAUCUCUUGGAGCAUGUCUGGCGGACGGAGUCUAAGGAUGAGGAUAGCCACCUGCGAGGGGCAAAACUUUACCUUGCGAGCAGGAAUAUCGGAGCGACAAUGCGAUAUGCCAGAAGUAUGUUGGAAUGGAUGGACGAUGCGAUCAUUCGAGAGUUCGAGGCCAAUGCUGGAAUAAACCAAAAGGAAACCGGUUCUAAAGCUGCAGGGGAUGCGAAGGGUAGUUCUGACGGGGGUCCCUUCGAUUUUAAACACUUGCGGCUACUGGAGCGCAAGGGGCAGAUUGACCGGAUCAUGGGUCAGACGGAUAUAGACCGUCAUGGAAGGUCGAUAGGUAAAGUUAUACUUGCAAGCGAUGCCUCUCUUGAGUGGGGCUUUUCACGGGAUAUCUUGAAGGCUGUCGCGGAUGACACUCGAAACCUGAUUAUUCUCACCGAAAAGAUGGCAAAGCCGCAGGGCGAGGCAACCUCAAGUCUAGCAAAGACGCUAUGGUCUUGGUGGGAAGAUAGAGAGAGCGUUGUUUCAGAAGAAACCAAGUCCGGGCUCGUUCUGGAUCGAGUUAACAGUGGAGCGAAGUCUGUUGCCAUUAGAGAAGCCAAGCGUUUGGCAUUAGAAGGAAAUGAUUUGAGCGUAUACCAGCAAUGGCUAGCUACCCAACGUCAACUUCAAACAACUUUGCAGUCGGGAGGAGCUACAUCACUCGAGAACUCAGCUGAUGUCGUUGAUGAUGCCUCCUCGGACUCGUCGUCGGACUCUGAAGACUCUGAAACAGAACAGCAAGGAAAGUCUUUGAAUAUAUCGGCAAUCGGUCAGGCGAGUCGGAAAAAGAUUGGAAUGAGUGAUGAAGACCUCGGGAUCAAUGUCCUGCUUCGGAAGAAGGACGUGUAUGAUUAUGACGUGCGGGGGAAGAAAGGUCGCGAGAAGAUGUUUCCCUUAGCCGUCCGGCGGAAAAGGGUAGACGACUUUGGAGAGUUGAUUCGGCCGGAAGAUUUUUUGAGAGCAGAGGAGAGAGACGAGGUUAAUGGCCAAGAUAUGCGCAAUCAGCCUAACAAACAUGAUACCCGCGACACUUUAGGGAAGAAGCGGAAAUGGGAAGAACAUUCAUCGAACGGCCAUCUCAUCGUAAAUGAGUUCAACAAGAGAAAACAGAAGAAUCGCAACCAGCGCGACUCCCCUGAAGCUGGAGAAAUAUCGCCUGGUCCCGAGGACCAGCAAUCAGAGGACGACGAGGAUAGCGGCGACCUGUUAGCCGAAUCUUCGCCUGCCAAAGUGGUCUUCACCAGUGAGAAUCUGACCCUCAACGUCAGAAUAGCGUUCGUGGAUUUUGCCGGUCUGCACGAUAAGCGAAGCUUGCAGAUGCUGCUACCCCUUAUCCAACCUCGGAAGCUAAUUUUGGUGGGUGGAAUGAAGGACGAAACUCUUGCUCUUGCAGGUGACUGCCGGAAAUUGCUUAAGUCAGAGUCUACAAUCGAUGUUUACACUCCAGAGAUUGGAACCAUUGUCGAUGCCAGCGUGGAUACCAACGCUUGGGCUGUCAGACUGACAAGCGCGCUAGUCAAACAGUUGACUUGGCAAAAGGUCAAGGAUCUGAGGAUUGCGACUGUCACUGCUCGCCUGGAGACUAUUGCCGACGCUCUCAAUCCGGAUGAUGAAAGUAGUAAUAAAAAGCAGAAGCUACUGAGGGAGGGUGACGAGGAAGAAUCAGACGAUACAAAGAAGGAUCUUGUUUCUGCAUCUUCUGCAGAAACAGAGCUCCCCACGCUGGAUGUCCUCCCUUCAAAUAUGGCUUCAGCAACAAGAUCAGUAGCACAGCCUCUCCAGGUCGGUGAUCUGCGUCUUCCAGACCUGCGAAAACUUAUGCUGGCUGCAAGUCAUACGGCUGAGUUCAAGGGAGAGGGUACCUUGUUGAUCGAUUCAACAGUCAUCGUGCGCAAAACUGGCACGGGAAGGAUCGAAGUGGAAAGCAUCGGGCUAGCUACUGGAUAUGGAAGCUCUUUCUACGCUGUCAAGAGCAUGAUCUAUCAGGGUUUGGCUGUGGUCAAUUCAAAGCCACACAAGCUGGCUUCCCCUGAGCCCCAGGUCCAAGAGCACACCUACACCCGCUCGCUGCCUGCUGGUAUAUCCAGGAUUGUCUUCAAACACGCCCUCCUCCAAGACCCCCUCAGCUCUGUCCAACUCGUCCGCUUCCUCUCCAUCGCUGUGUACUCUAGCUUCGGUGAGCGCAUCUUCUACAUUUACCAAGUCCAGUCGCUAUCUGCUGGACGUCAAGGAUACAGCACCAGUCACGGUAUCGAUCCAGGACCACCACCUCCUGCUUCCCCUCCCAGUCAACCCUCUCAAUCACGAGGGCAACUCUCGACACCGCUCCAAGCUCUUCAGCUCCAACCAUCUAAUCCCGUACGUUCCUACCCCCAAGUCGCCCUAAUGGCAGGACGCGGUCACAAUCCCGCCCACGGUUACGAUAUCGGGCCUCUCCCUCCCAACUUCUAUGGUACAGCCUACCCCGGCAUGCCACAACCCCGUCCCAUGGCCUACCUCCCCCCUCCCUCACAAUUUCCACCCUUCCAACAGCAAAUCCUCAGCGCCUGGCCCGGCCCCCAAGCAUACCCUCCUUACAGUGCCACCUACGCAGCGCCACCCCCCAUCAGCGACGGCGGCUUCCCCGGUAUCAACCUGCGCAACCACUUCGGGCCCAACAGCCCCACCGGCGGCGUCGGCCUUCCCCCAGGCUACAACUACAUCUUCCCCUCGGAGCACACCAUCAUCCACAUCCUGUCCGUGGCCACCAAGCCGUGGCAGCUCGGCAGCUCGCUGCUCCCGGGCCCGCACAGCCCGCUGCCGCACACCAAGUUCUACGUGCCCGUCUCGAUGAACCUGAAGGAGUUCCUCGGCAAGAUCGGCUGCACCGAGGGCAACGGCCGCACCGACACCGUCUUCGAGGUCUCCGAGAAGGGCAACGGCGGCUGGGCCAAGGGCCUGACCGUCUCCAUGGCGAACAAGGACCUGAUGAAAAAGAGCGUGGGCGAUCUCGGCUGGCGGAGCAACCGGAAUGGGAACCUGCAUAAGAACGGGCAGCCUGUGGUCUGGUUGUGGAAGGCAGAGGAUGCGCCGCCGCAGUGA